UAGCUCAGCGGGAGGGGGCCAAGCGCCGGGGCCGCCUCGGGGGCGACCAGGCCCGGAACCGCGUCGCCCCCACCGGGGCCUGUGCCCGUAAGGGGGCCCGGUGGAAGUUGGUUAAACCGUUACAAGAGGCUCAGCCUCAUCCACGCGCGGGGUUCUCCUCCCCCUGUGUGGGGGGGGUGGAUUUCAGGGGGGCUGGGGAGAACAUAAACCGGGGUCUGGAUCCGCCGGUACCGGGAGGGGCCGCGGGGCACCGCUUCCCGCCGCGCUCUUCAAUUUGCGGCGCUGUCGUAAAGGCCGCGGAUCUGGGCGCCCGCUUUACGGCCCGAGGUCGGGUUCCCCGCUCUGAUUGGUUCCGCCGGGGCCGCGCCUCCCUCUGAUUGGCUCCGCCGCGGCGGCGCUGCCUUCUGAUUGGCCCCGCGCGGGGCCAGGGGCGGUUUGAGCGGCAGCGCCCGGCGCGGCGGCGGCUCCGCGGCUCCGGCACGAUGCUGCCCUUAUCCUUGCUGAAGACGGCUCAGAACCACCCUAUGCUGGUGGAGCUGAAAAACGGGGAGACGUACAACGGGCACCUGGUGAGCUGCGACAACUGGAUGAACAUCAACCUGCGGGAGGUCAUCUGCACAUCCCGGGAUGGAGACAAGUUCUGGAGGAUGCCCGAGUGCUACAUUCGUGGCAGCACCAUCAAAUACCUGCGUAUCCCCGACGAAAUAAUUGACAUGGUGAAAGAAGAGGUGGUGUCCAAGGGCAGAGGCCGCGGCGGGAUGCAACAGCAGAAGCAACAAAAGGGCCGUGGUGUUGGAGGUGCCGGACGAGGUGUGUUUGGUGGCCGUGGCCGAGGAAUCCCAGGCAGUGGAAGGGGCCAGCAGGAAAAAAAGCCGGGCAGACAAUCGGCGAAGCAAUGAAGAGGGUGUCUGCACCCCCCACACCCCCCCCCGGGGGACAGCACUGCGACACCCCUUGGGGUUUUUAUUUUUCUCACCUCAGGAUUGCCAUGUGUUCAAAAGCGUUACCUUUUCUACUCUUCCGUCAGUCCAUCGGUGCCCGAAUCUCACCUCUUUGGAAGCCCCUGGCGAUGAUUUAAUCUGGUAAAGUGGGAGUUAUUCACACUCCUGGUAGUAAGUCAUUGGAAAUAUUUAAACGUAAUCAUUCACGGUUAAGGACUUAGGUUCUGCCUUCUCCUCAGAGGUGAAAGCGCUAUUUAAUUUUUCAGGAUCACCGGGUUUAAUUUAAAAGAUUAUCCUGUACCGUGGUACAAGAACGAAGGCAAAAACACUUUCUGGAUUGUUUGGAUUAUUAUUUUUUUCUUUUUUUUUUCUUUUUUUUUUAUACUUGAAACUUGGGAAACUUGUUGCAUUUGUAACAGAUGCGAGUGUUUGGGUUUAAAAACACUGAACUUGAGGAUAUUGGAUCUUUACGGGAGUAGUCUUAAGGGUUUGGGUUUGUGGUUUUUUUUUUAAAAAAGAAAACAACAAAACAACAAACUUUUAAGCUAUUGCUCAUCUUCUGUUCCUGGCCAGUUGCUUCCGUCGCUCUCCUACGGCUUAAGGGAGAAUUUGGGAUGAACAUGGGCCUUCAAGGCUUGUUCCCAAGAGAGCUUUGUGAUAAAUGAGGGUUUCCCAAUUAGCCUCUUACUAAUUUGACUUCAGAUUAGAAGCUUCCUUUAAAGGUUUUCCAUAUUUCCUUGUGGAAGGCUGGGCUGCCCCUUACCCUUUACGUUGGGGUGGGGUUGGUGGUUCUUUUUUUUUGCCUGAAAAGCAACCAAAGCAUCGAGUUGAAGUGAUUUAUUUUCCCCUCCGCUUUGAAAACUCUCUCCCUUGUGCCCCUGAAGGCACGAAACCCUGAACUCGGACAGUAUUUCUCAAGCUUCUUUCUUCUGGUACCUAGUGAUUGGCUUCACUACACCUACUUAUCAUUUCCUUUCCUAAUCACCCCAUUAUCUUUCCUUGGGGCCACGGAGCAGUGUCCCUCCCGUAGGUUUAAGAAAGCUCCUGGGAAUUCCCAGCUCGGGUUGCUCCAGUCUUCCAUCCCAUGGGGUGCAGUGCCCAAAAUGCACCCCCAAAAUAUCCUGGCUGAUCUGAAUUGGGGAACCGGGGGGAAGAAAGAAGCUCUGGCUGUGCCUCGGCCCCCAGAAUGGAUGAAAUAGCUCAAUUUUAGGAGAAAAGCUGAUAUUGUGAUUUGUUCUGAACAGGUUUUUUGGUUUGGUAUUGGUUUUUUGGUGGUGUUUUUUUUUCUUUUCACAAGUGAUUCCCAUACCGAAGCCUACUCUCUGCCAUCGCCACUGUAUGGAAAAAAAAAAAAAAGAUGAGUGAAGAACAUGCUUUUAUAUAUACUUAUUUUUUUAAUGUUUAUAGAACGCAGUGGUGAGUAGGAAUAAAUGGCCGACCUGUA